UUCACUUUACUUUUUAUCAGGCUCAGGCAGUCAGUCAAGUCAGCACCUUCAUCUUCUCCUUUUUUCUGAAUAAGCAUGUGACAGUGGUUAUCGUAGUGAUUUCUAAUUAUUUUCAAAAUUUUUCCUUCAUUAUCUAGUGCUCUAAACGUAUUGAGAUGAUCCAAAAAGCAAGUAUUUUAGAUUAUUCGCUCCAAUGCACAGCAUGUGAGCGCAGGUUUUAAAGUUAUCAAAGUUAUCACCGAGUAACUUGUCUUCUACGGAUUAAGCACUUUCUUCACUAUGGUUGACAAUAUUGCAGUGUCUCUACCUCAUCACAUAUUAGAACUACUGUUCUCCUACUUAGAUUUAAGUGAUCUUAGAAGUUGUGCCCUUGUCUGUAAAUCAUGGGAAAAUUUUUUGAGCGAUGAAAACAGCGAUGUGUGGAGACUGCAGUGUUUCCAAAAACUCUCUGAGGAAGUUUUAAAAUCUGAUUUGUUGUCCAGUCUAUCUACGUACAAAGCUAAGCUGAGAGCCCACUACCAUGCUUGGAACCCUGAUGAUUGCUCUCGUAAUGUGUUCAUCAAAUCAAACAACUUCACUCUUCAUCGAAAUCCUGUGGCGCAAAGCACUGAUGCUGUCAGAGGAAAAAUCGGAUUCGGACAUGGCCGGCAUUCAUGGGAAGUAUUCUGGGAAGGCCCUCUUGGCACCGUUGCUGUAAUUGGUAUCGCAACAGAAGAAGCAACUUUGCAAUGUCAAGGAUAUGUUGCGCUGCUUGGAUCUGACGAUCAAAGUUGGGGAUGGAAUCUUGUGGACAAUCAUUUAUUACACAAUGGAGAUACCCAGGGAAACUACCCUUUGUUAAAUAAUGCUCCUAAAUACCAGGUUGGAGAAAGAAUUAGAGUAAUUUUGGACUGUGAGACAAACACCUUAUCAUUUGAAAAAAAUCACGAAUUUCUUGGAGUUGCUUUCAAAGGUCUUCCGCCAAAGAAACUAUAUCCUUCAGUUUCAGCUGUUUAUGGUAACACUGAGGUUUCAAUGGUAUACUUAGGACCACCAUAUGAUGGCUGAGAGCAUUGGCAUCGAAGAAACAGUUGGAUUUGUGUUUGACAGUAAUUUACAGAUAGUCCGUCGUGAAUGGUUCCACUGAAUUGCAACAAAUUAUUGGUAAUUCUCUAUCAACUCAUCAAAACUCAUAGGAAAAUAAGCAAGGAAGAUUUUAGAUAUUUUCAUUUUCAAUUGUGUCGCAUCAUGUGAAAACAGCUAAUAUCCAUUUCUUCAGGUCUGAGUUUUGUUUCUUAAUAAUAUUUUUCAAGAGUUAAUGUGGUCGAAGAUGGUAUAAGGACUUGCUAUAGGUUUGAAGUAACCCUAUUACAAGUUUUCACAUAAUUUUUAUGACUGAAUCUAACGAUCAACCUCCAAAAAACCCAAGACUCGAAAAAUGGCCAUUAGCCGUUUUUGCAUGAUGCGCUUCAAUUAAUGAAUGCAUUUUUAUCCAUUUAUUUCUAGGUUUCUGUUGGUAGAACUAUAUACUAAGUUUGGGUUCUAGGUAUCUAAUAUCAGCUUGUUUGAAACAUCUCAAAUCAUAUGGUUCAGCUGGUAAUGCUCAGUUUGUCUUUUCAUAUUAAAAUAUUUUUAGAGCAAAUAAAGCUCAAUGAUCAUUUUUUGUCAUCGUGAUCUUAAGCUCAAGAAGCUAUUCAAGGCGACAGCAAGUGUUGCUUAACGUACAUAUGUUUUAAGUUUUCCGACAAGAAUCAUUGAAAAAAAAAAAAAAAAAAAAAAAAAAAAAAAACCCAUAAACAGAAAAAAAGGAAGUGUAUGAUACGAUGUUGCCUAAAAAUAUUUUUAAUUUUUUUCUGUAUUAUAGUUUAAAAAGCUUGUAGGGAGACCUGGACCUCUUAAAUUGAAAUUUGAAUUGUUUUUGAUCUCCAAUUUUUUAUUUAUUUUUUAGCUGCGAUCUCCUUUUUUUAUUUCAGGGUUACUUUUUUCUUUUGUUCCCAAUUUGUAAUGAUUUUAUAAUUUACUUAAACUUACUCCACGUAUUCUUAUUGAGGAGUAUGGAGGCAAAAGGCUGCUCUUUUCUGAUUCUCAUAAGUUACAAGAAAAUCACUUUGCAGCUGGGUUUUUUUUUUUUUUUUUUUUUUUUUUUUUUUUUUUUUUAAUCUAAAACAUGGAGGAGCCUUUUAAUAGCUUUUCAAGAAUAAAUAAAAUCUGGUUAUUUCUGAGAUUUUCAAAUCAUAUCCAUAAGCGGAGGAAUUUUUUGCAAGAAAAUUCAAAACACAGUUUUUACCCCCAGAUUUUAGAGCUGUCCAUCCAAAACUUAUGAAGUGAGUUGUAGCAUAUCUCUGCAUCACAUUAUCCGGCUCUAAUUCCAACCAAAGUGUUUAUCUGUGAAUAUCUGAAUAAUCGUAUGCUACCUUUUAUUCCGCUGUGUCCUAUUUGUCAAGCUGGCAUUCACAUCUUAAUCCUUCACAAAUGAUUACUUUCAAGCUGAUUAAUAUUCGUCCACGUAAACUUUAAUGUCACCAUUCUUACAGUAAAGGUCCUAACUAAGAAAUUAGAGGCCUGAUUGCAGUGAUUUCUGACUUCAGUGUUUCCUGAUUGAAGUCAAAGAAGAUUUCACAGCUUUCAAGAGUAAAAUGUAAUUAAAGACUAUCCUUUCAUCAAUGGUUGAUGCAAGAGUAUUGUGGCUUGACAUUCAACGUUCAUCCCUAUGACCAUUUAGACUGAUAGAGUUAGUGAAUAAGUACAUUUAGUCAACAAUAACUAAAGAUUUCUCCUACAUCUAUGACUGAUUUUAUUUACUAGGCAUAAGUCUUCAUUGACAUUUGAAAGAAAAGUGAUCAUGUAAGCAUAAGGAAAAUUAUUUUGCCUAGCAGUCAGUUCGGCAAGUUAAUAGACUACUAGGCAUCAAAUGAAUCAAAUUCAUUAAUCCUCUCUUCAAACUUUUAUGUCAAACCAAUGUGCACAGCCAAAAAUUCUAAAAUCAACUCCACAGCAAGACAUAUCUAAACAUUUAAAAUCCACAAGCCAAAGAUAUGAGCGUGUUAUAAGUUAAAUGUAAAGUUAGGAGAUUCAAGUAUUUGCAAGCACUAUGCGUGACAGAAAAAUCGAUGAAUGAUGUGGCAAAAGUUUCAUUUGAUGUAAAAGUAAAGUGCACUGGUUAAUAGUUUCACUGCAGUCGAUCUCCAGAAGUUUUGGUGUCUGUUCCUUUUCUAUACAGAACUUUUAAGAUAUUGUACUUUAUGCAGAUUUUACAUUGUCAUCGUCUUUACGGACUCAUUUUUGCUGUGAGUUUCCAACUUACUAGAAUCCAAGCCAAGUAAGUUUAUGCACUUUUAGACUGCGACAGAAGAUUAGUGAAGAUGUAGUAUCAGUUAAGCACUGAAAGUGAGUGCAAGAAUGCAGAUGGCAGAGCUUCUGUUGCAUUCUAAAAGUGCAUAAUCUUAUUUGGAGUGGACUCUCACAUUCUUUUGCUCAAGCAUCAAGAAGUAAUUUGUUUACCCAUUUUCUUUUAGGUUUCACUGAUCUCUUUUUAAUCAAUAAUUUUGAGUCACAUACAUCUCUAGGUCCGUAAGUCUUUCCUAUAAUUUAGUAUCCUAAUAUUUUCCUUCUUGCUGCUUUCUAGUCAUUUUCAUUUUUAUAAUUUUGCAUAAGUCAGAAACAAUUAGGGCUAAUAUUUACUUUUAAUACUUACUUUUUAUUUUUUUAUUUCUCAAGCUCAUUUUGAGCAACUUUGUUUUGAUAAAAUAUUAAUCAUUUUCCACGAAGUUAUUUAUCAUAUUCCAUGUUUUGGUCCUCUUUUUGCUUUUCCUGAGAGCUUUCAAUGGGUAGAAAGUAUUGAGACUAGAACGAGAUGAGUACCUAUCUGGUGCAAUGACAUGUGAGAUGAAAAAGGAAUAAUAACAUUUUAUUGCACAUUCAACUUACUUGUGCCAACUUUUUUGAAAUUUUUGUGCCUCAGUGACAGCUCAAUAUUGAGGCAUUGCAGUCUCAUUGGACAGUGUUGUAAAUUGAAAAUGUAAUUUGCAGAAGUGUUCAAGAAUUGCAAUUCGAUGAAAAAAGAGAGUCAAAUAAUAAACCUUUAACCAGCAUUCUUGGGAAAAUAAAAAGAUCCCCCCCCCCAAAAAAAAAAAAAAUUUACCCCUCUCCAUUUUUUUUUUAGAGAAUGGUUGUAACUAUCAAGAUGUGCCCUUAAUAGUUUAAAAGUGCUCCUAGAUACCUGUAAAAUAAAAUUCAAAAAAAAAAAAAAAAAAAAAAAAAAAAAAAAAAAAAAACACGAAGCACCAUGAAUUAAAACUUGAUUGCUCGACUAAAUCUUAAGAAGAAAAAUUUUACUCCCACUAAUUUUCUCCUUCAGGGUUUUCAGCACUUUUUUUAAAAUUUUUUUGGAGAGAUGCCACGAGAAGAACUUUGAAUAACUGCUUUAAUUUUGGAUAUGGACUGAAAUGGCCCGCCUCGUAGACUAUUUUUAAAGAUUGAAAAUAGCUACUGAUGACACUUGUUGCUUCAUGUUUCUUUCAUAAGAAGUAUCCAAUGGCAAGAAUUUGAGAAAAUAUGUCUUCAAAAGUGGGAUGAAAAAUUCGGGAGAUUCUUUGAAAACGAUUGAGAGGCUGGGUCAUUUGAUGAAUAAUACCAAUUCUCAUUCGGUUAAGGUUUGAUUUUAUUUUCAAUGCAAAAUUUACAUUGCUUAUCUUAUUUUUUCCUCCAAAAAAGAAGAAAAAAAUCAUGAAAAGUCAGGAGUUGUAACAUAACUUACAAAACUCUAUCAAUCAGUCCAUUUUUUACCUACAGCACUCCAUGAGGUCUUAUUUUAUGCGUAUCAAGAGGACAAAAUAAUUAUGUAAACUGCAUCUUGAUAUAUGUACUAAUAUUCGCCCAAAAAAUGGAAAAGAGCGGUACUUUUUGAACAACAUGUAUGUAUUCCUGUUUGUACAAAACUUUUUUGUUAAAAAUGGGGCUAGUCAUGAUUAUUAUCCGUUUGGACACAGAUUGGUUUCUAUGUUUUUUGUUUUUGUUUUUCCUUUUUUUUGUUUGAUUUUAAACAAAUGUUGAAAAAAUAGCACUCCAGUUUUUAUAUCUUAUUUGUAUAAUUAAUGUGAAUCUCAGUGAUCUAGGGAUGAGAACUGAUUAUCUAAAGCUGUGAAACAGCUACGUCUUUGAAGAACAGUUAUUAUCGCAAUCCAGGAUUUUAUAUAAAACACGGAACUAUAACAUUAAGAGACGUACAUACUGAAGAAUAUGAUGUCAAACUUGAAAGAUUUAUAGAAAAUUAAUAUCGUAAACUAGGAAAACGGACAUUACUCUUUGAUGAAGUGAGUAAGUGAGAGAUGGCGACAUGAUAUCUAUCUUUCUCAUCUAUUGUGUCAACAAAUCAAGCCAUUCCCUUAAUUUUCAAUUUAAAUUUUCAUCAAAUCGGUAUUUAUGCUGCCACAUGUCAUGGUUUGGUGUUUUACACAAAUUCCUGGACUGUGAUAAUUACUUUUUCUCAUAGACACCUGGUGUACUGCAGUGUAACGUAGUGGCGGUUUUCAUUCCUAGAUCACCUAAAUUUAUUUCAAUUCCUUGGCUCUUUGCCAAUCGCUCACAUUAAUUUCAUAAUUUUACAAAUAAUCCAUCAUUCAAUCAAAUUAAAUUUAAUAUUGUCCAAGCUUUCAGUAAAAACUGAAAUCUUAUCUUGCUGUUUAGAUACUUGAUUUUAAGAAGCAGCCAAUUUUGUUUUUCCUUCCUUUUGUUUUUUCCAGUUUUUCACUUUUGAGUUUUCAUAAGGUCACUGGGAGUGAACUUUAAUUUGUACUUUUGGAUUUCACAUUUUUAUAUAAGCACACCCAAAAUCUGAUGAAAGAAUGGAAAGUGAUUUUUUGUAAGGUGUGAACGAUCGUAGAAACAUAUUUCCCGUGAAAAAUUUCCAGUUCUCAGAUUAAAACUGCCAGAUCUUUUUUUAAAAAUUGCCUGUCUUGGUUUGAUGUAAGCGCCGUGUGUUUUGCAAAAUUAAACACGUGCGAUUUGUACUUACGGCUGUCUAAAAAACCAUGUUUAUCUGAACUUUGACCUAUCUAUCUUGAUUUGAAGAUAACAAUGAUAAGCGACGCAGUACUGUGCAAUGAUGUGCAAUAUUUUUCACUACUAAAAAAGAAAUCUAUUUUUUGGCGUCUAGGUCAUCAUACAUGUCUUGUCUUCAGAUAUAGAGUAGUCAUUUAUACCUCAUCAGUUCAAAACCUCUAAUAGGUUACCCAAAAUAUGCUAAGUAUAGUCAACAAGUCAAUCAGGUAUUUUUAGAUUUUUUGGUUUUGAUUUUAUUCAAUUGAAAUUUUUUCAUAAAUUUAUAACUUUCUUAUGUGUAUGUGUAUUUUGAGUGGAUGGCCCAUUUUCUUCGACGAAACGUUAUGUGCUGUGUAAUUGAAUAUAAGCAUUCCUUAAGUCUUUUCCCACUUUAGAUUUGAAGCAGUUGACCCCACUGUAGCGCAUAUUUUGUCAUUUUUUGUAUGAUUGUUGCAAAUAUUCAUAAAUCCUUUUUCUUUUUUUGCCUCUAAAAAACCAUUGUUCCGCAGUUAAUGCUAAUGCCAAAUUGCUUUGAACCCUUGCUUCAUAUGGUUAGACUGCCUCGAUGAUCUGCAUUUAUUCCAAGUUUCAGACUUUUUGUUCGUUAUUCUAGGUGUCCUCUCUUGAGCACUAAAUUUAUUCCGUAACAUGAAGAGCGGGAAUGUAGCCACUUGGCACUAGUGGUAAAAGUAGUAAUUUUAAUAUUUUUGAGGUGUAUCAAGUCGGAACACUCAAUGAACCGCAAGCAGGGCAAGCUCUUUUUUCUUCUAACAAUUGACUCAAAACUCUCAAUUUGUGCUUUCCUCCCAAAAGAAUGUAAUUAUUUUUAAAGUUCCAAGUUACAAAUGUUAUUUGUCAAUUUUUUACUCCAAAAUGAUGAUUUUUAACUCAUGGUAAUUAUAUUUUUUGACUUUAUUGAUCGAGUAAUGUUUUAUGAAGUCUUCAAUUUUAAAUAAAGAUGGCCUACUCUAUCUU